UUUGCAAUGCCAUGGUUGUCUAUGUGUUCCAGCUACUGACAAGGAUCCUGCGAGCCUGCUUGCCCCACUCUGUAAUCUGAUGUUUUCUUGUUUCUGUUUUAGUCUUCAGGAUAAUUCCUUCAACAGCGCAGCUGUAGCAGAGUGUGAAGGUGAAACACAGUCUUUAAAUGAAGAACAGACAGUCUCAUCCAAGCUUAGAGAUGAAAACAAUAAAGAAAAUUAUCCUCAGUGCUCUACAGAAUUGGAGGAAAAUACCUUACCGGCUUGGGAUGGUCAACUUCACACUGAUAAGAAGCUAUUUGAUAGUACUACCAGACAUGGAAUUGGUAUCCUACAGACAAAACAGCCAAAGUCAAGUGUCAAAUCUGAAGGUGGGAAGAGCUGUGAAGGAACUCAGGAAGCUGAGAAUGUAAUUUCAUGCCACUCGGAAGGUUGGUCUGCAAAAGGAAUGACAUCUUGUGAACAUACUCAUUUAACGCAAAGAGGCGGAACAGAUUUGCAGUCAAGAAACAGUCCAAUCAUGCGCAUCCAGUCAAAGGAAGCUACUGAACAUUUCCAGAUCCAUAGAGAGGAGGAGGUGGUCCAGGCUCAUGAAUCUAAGGAGACAACCAACUCAUUAACACAAAGUGAUGGGGUCAGCCAUGCAGAACCUACUCAUCGAGACUCCCAAACUGAAGCCGAUCAUGUUCCUGAAGAUCCGCGCAGCAUUGGGACUAGUCGGCUGUUGUUCCAUAUUACUGAUGGGGAUAACCCACUUCUGUCACCAAGAUGCUCCAUCUUUAGCCAGAGCCAGAGAUUUAAUUUAGACCCUGAGUCUGCACCAUCUCCACCAAGCUCCCAGCAGUUUAUGAUGUCAAGGAGUUCUUCUAGAAGCAGUUGUGAGGAUUCAAAAGAACCACUUACUAUCAUGCAGCUUACCAAACAAAUUCAAACACUGAGGAGGAGAAUCAGAAAAUUUGAAGAUAAAUUUGAACAGGAGAAAAAAUACCGUCCUUCCCAUAGUGAUAAAACCUCUAACCUUGAAGUCCUGAAAUGGAUGAAUGAUUUGGCAAAAGCCCGGAAGCAACUUAAAGAACUUAAACUCAAAAUGUCUGAAGAUCAAAAUGCACCAAAUUCUUCACAAAAUAGUGUUUAUGGCGAAAGGUCUGUACUAUCAGUUUCACCAGAACAACACGGAGCUCCAAGUACUUCUAGAUCUUCUGUAGAGGAAACUGUAGACACCGUCUGGAAACGUCUAAAGGAAAAGAGACAGUUACUUAAUCUCCCUGAGAAUUUAAAGGAUAUGACAAAAAAGCAAAUGAAUCUGGAAAAAAUCAGUCUUCAGAAAUGCCUUCUGUACUUUGAGAGUAUUCACGGACGCCCAGUUACAAAGCAAGAAAGAAGUCUUAUGAAGCCUCUUUAUGACAGAUACAGGAUAAUCAAGCAACUAUUGUCUAAUGCGUCAUUGAUUCCAACUAUACAUGAAGAAGAGGAUUCUGAUGAAGAGAGUGCCCCAAAUGGUAGUGACUUCAUGUUAACAGAGUCUGAUCUUGCAGCGGAUGAGUAUCUUACCUAUUCAAGUGAAGAUCUAGAUCUACCAACAUAUGUAUCCCCUCUUGAUGAGAAAAGGCCGAGGAGACAACCAGCCUUUUCAAUGUCAAAUCUACACGAGGCCUCAAUGCCAGAGCUGCUUGAUCAUCUCCGAGAGACUAGAGCUGAUAAAAAAAAGUUACGUAAAGUUUUAAGAGAAUUUGAAGAGCACUUCCUAAGACAAACAGGAAGGAGUGCACAAAAGGAAGACAGAAUACCCAUGGCGGAAGAGUACUGUGAAUACAAACAGAUAAAAGCGAAACUUAAAUUGCUCGAAGUCCUCAUCAGCAAACAAGAUGUUUCCAAAACCAUUUAGAAUUUGUGGAUACAUAUGAAGCCGUAUUCACAAGUCAUUCAGUUUUGCAUUAUUUCUGCACACUCAUGUUUGUCACUGACAUUCUGAUGCACUUUAAGAAUUGUUAAACACUACCUUAAGGAUAAAUAACAGCACAUGUGAACUGGGAUUUCUUUGUUAUUGAAACCCCCCCAAAAAAACUGCUGGAGGGCAUUACAGUUACAAGUAUAUUUUAUAUAGUAUCGUUACAUUGAUGAUUGGAAAAAAAUAAUAUUGUGUUUUAUAUUGGAGAGCUAUUUUUUUUCCAAAUUAAGGUUAACAAUUUAAAACUGGGGUGUUUUUACCUUUUUUUUUUUUUUUUUUUAAAAAUAGGUUCAAAUUAGAAAUAUUUUCUGCAACAGCUAAUUGGAGAAAUUCUAUCAAUUAAUACAAUACUAUACACUUAGUAUUGCAAAAUAAAUACGACAAACUCAUAUGCGCACACAGACCCCAAAAACUUGGGAGGAACAAAAUGGAGUCAGCUGCAGUGGAGAGGCGUAAAUUGGAGUUAAAAAAUAAAUUGGACAUGAAAAUGGGAAGGUCACAUAAAUACUGAAGAAUUAAAGGGACAUGUAACUCAAAAUUUUUCUUUCAUUAUUUAGGUAGAACACAAUUUUAAACAACUUUCCAGUUUACUUCUAUUAUCAGAUUUGUUUAAUUCUCUUGGUAUCAUUUGUUGAAGGAGCAGUAAUGCAUUACUGGUUGCUAACUGAACACAUGGGGUAGCCAACGAGAAUCGGUGUAUAUAUAUAUGCAUCCACCAAUCAGCAGCUAGAACCUAGGUUCCUUGCCGCUCCUGAGCUUACUUAGGUAAACCUUUCAGCAAAGGACAACAAGAGUAGGAAGCAAGUUAAAUACUAGAAGUAAAUUGGAAGGUUGUUUAAAAUUGUAUAAAUUGUACAAAACCUUACGAUGCUCAUCCUAGAUUUCAAUUUUAUCCCCGGAUGCAAUGCUUUAUGAAGUAUCUUGUCAGAAGUGCCUUCAAAAUUUUGUAGGCUAAUAUAUAUAUAUAUAUAUAUAAAUAAAUAAAUAAAGUUAAAAUAAAAAACCAAAAUAUAUAGAACUAAAUAUUAUAUUUCAGAUUCUAAUAGAAUAUAUAAUAUAUUAUCCCUGUGCAGAGAAUCUAUAUAUUUAUAUUUAUUCUUAAGCCCUUGAGGUGGUGUGUUUUGCGCAUUCUUCAAAAAACGUUAUUUAGUUUUACUGUUAAGAAGAUAUACAUUGAUCAUUUCAGCCAAAGCCCCUUUCGUUACCAUUUCUACUUCAACUUCCACUUCUUGUUACCUAUUGUGAACAGCUGAGAUUAAUUUUAGCUGUGAUUCCCAAGUAUUUCUUUUUUUAUAACUUAAAUCAAAACUCCCAUAGCUUCAUUAGGAGACAUGAGCAAAAUAUAUGGUGUUCAUCUUUAACUUUCUGAAAAUAUUGUUAUAACAAAGUAUUUUUUAACAGAUCACUUUUAUAAAAUAAUUUUAAAAAAGUUUGUAAAAUCAAAGCAGCAUUAUAUACGCAUCACCUAAAUAAUAUACAGCAAAAAUGUAAUCUAAUUGAGCACUAAAAAUGUCACUUGAACAUUAUGCGUUUUUUGUUUCUAAAGUUUAAUUUCUAUUUAAAAGGAUGGUAAACACUUUAAGAUUAUAAUAUAUAAUUCUUAAUUAUUCAUAGCAAUAUUCUUUCAUUAUUUAUUUUGCAAAUCUGAAAAUUGAAAAAGGCUUCCCAAGUCUAACUUUACAACAUAUAACUAAUUUUCCGUUUAUUAUGUUUUUUGCUGCCAUUGAAAAAGACAAACCAAAAAAAAAAAUGUUGCAGCAACCAAGGCAUUAAUCUAUUCUUAUAUAGUUUGAGCUUUGCUGAUAUAUUAAUUAUUAGAAGACGUUGUUUACCGCACUUUAAAUCUAUAGAUACCUAGCGUGAUUAUGUUUUCAGUAAAUUUGGGAUAUUGGCAAACCUUGGAGUUGUCACUUGAACAUAUGUUGACAUAUGCAAUGCUUCAUUUUAUCAAGCUUGUGUUUUGUGGUUUGUUUACCAGAGAAAAAGCGUAUUUCUAUAAAGAAUAAUAUGGCGGAUGGGAUAAAUGCUGCUAAUACUGACAUUAUACACAUCUCUCACCCAAAACAUCUGCAUUAAGAACAUCACAUUGACUUUUUUUUUUUGCAAUCUUGGAUAGGUUUUCUUUUUUUUCCUAUAUAUUCCUACUAAAGCAAACAUUUCUAUGUAUCUUGUAUUUAAAAUGCAUGAUUUUAAAGACCAGAUGUUUUUAAAAUUGUUUAUUGGUUAACGAGAGAAAAAAAAAAUACCAUUUGCAAGUUUAAUUAUGAUCUUUGUGACGUUUUCAGUAUAUUGACUUGAUUCUUAACAUACUGUAUGAUUCAGAAUGAAUUGAGUUUUUUUUUUUUUAAUUAAAACCUCUAAAACGCAAGAUUAACAGGAACGUGUACACAACUAUAUGAAGUUUACAGUCUACAUCUUUGAUAAGGGAAAAUGGUUUGACGUAUACAGUUGAUAAUAAAAUGUGCUCUAUAUAUUCUAUAUGAUUGUAAAUAUUUUAUACAACAGUACAAAUAAAAUAUUUUUCUAUCAUA